AUGGAUACAUUAAUUAGAUCACUUCAAAAUGAUUUUAAAAGUCAAGGAUUUCAUUUGGUUGAACCUUUUAAAGUAAGCGAUUAUAAUAAUAUAUGUAAAUUUAAAGUAGAGAAUUAUGGAAUUCCAGAUGCAUUGGGAUUGAUUAUUGGAUGUAACAAAUAUUUUUGGGAUCAUUUUGUGACGUUUGUCACAGACUAUUAUACAAAGUUUGGUGAUUUGCCAAAAGAUCCAAUGAACCUUUUCUGUCAGGAAACAAUCGAACGUGUCGUUGGAGCGAAUAAAGAGGUUGCAUUGUCAAAGCUAAAGUAUGAUAUUCGAUACGAUUGGAAUUCAGUGGCCAGUGGAAGAUACGUUCACAUCCAAACAGCCGGUCAUUUUGCUGGUAUUGCACAUUAUGACCGUGAUGUCAUGUGGAGUGUACAUCCUACCUAUGGUCUAUGGUUUGUGUUUCGUGCCAUCGUUGUUUUCAACACCGAGUAUGAUGACAAGGCUUGGCCACGAAACCCAGCCUCUAUCCCAUUGUUGGAUCCAGAGACCAAAGGUGAGAUGAAGAAAUGGACAGACGUAGCCAUCGACGAAGGUUGGAGUAACAUUGAAACAAGACUAAAGAUUCGUGACUGUUGCACAGUCGGCAAGGAGGAGUGGAAAUACCAAGGUGACACAUUUGAUUAUUUCUAUCCUCUAAAACGUACCUCUAGAAAGGUUAUUCAAGAUAUCAUCGAUCGUAGUAAUAUCACUGCUGUCAACAACAAAGAUGAUGAAUCGGAUUCAAACAAAAGUAUUGUUGGUCCAUCACAAUGUUGUAAUGGAAAUAUUUCAAAUAUUAUUAAUAAUAAUAAUAAUAUUAAUAGUAUUACAGGUAAUGGUGGUAGCAGUAGCAGUAGCAGUAAUAGUAAUUAA